CACACUCAACAACUGCACUAGAAGAAAACAGAGUUCACAAAUUCAGAGGUUGGCGCUGAGUAGUCUUUUCAUUGAUAAAAGACAGAGCUUCAAACAUUCAAAAUCCCCUCCAAUUUCUUUCCAUGAACAAUAACUCUGUUUAAUUUAUCCUUAAUCUGGUAUGGAUGACUCAGUAAAUCUUCUGCUUCUUCUCCUUAUAUUCUCUACUUUUUUCAUCCAAUCAAUUUCUACUAAACAGUCACUGAUUUUGCCUCUCAGAGCCAAGAAAAUAUCAUCUUUCUCCACCCCAAAACCCCCAAACAGAGUUUCUUUCCACCAUAAUGUUUCUCUUACCGUUUCUCUUUCUAUUGGGUCGCCUCCACAGCAAGUCAUCAUGGUACUUGAUACAGGGAGUGAACUUUCAUGGCUUCAUUGCAAGAAGACCCCAACAACACCUUUAACGUUCAACCCGCUUGUUUCUUCUUCAUACUCUGUUAUCCCCUGUUCUUCACCAACAUGCAGGACAAAAACCCGGGAUUUCUCUAUACCCGUUUCAUGUGACCCUAAAAAACUCUGCCACGCUACGCUGUCUUAUGCUGAUGGUUCCUCCGUUGAAGGUAAUCUCGCUACGGAAACUUUCCGUAUUGAUAAUUUGAAUUUACCCGGGAUAGUGUUCGGUUGUAUGGAUUCAAGUUCAAGUUCAAACCCGGAAGACUCCCGGACUACCGGGUUGAUAGGAAUGAACCGCGGAGGUUUAUCUUUCGUUACUCAAAUGGGUUACCCGAAAUUCUCUUAUUGUAUUUCGGGUGGUGACAGUAACGGUGUUCUCCUAUUUGGGGACGUGAAUUUGCCUUGGCUUAAACCCCGGAAGUACACUCCGUUAGUCCAAAUGUCAACUCCGUUACCUUAUUUUGACCGGGUCGCUUAUACGGUCCAGUUGGAAGGAAUUAAAGUUGGGGGUACGAUUUUACCCUUGCCUAAAUCCGUAUUCGUACCGGAUCACACCGGGGCGGGUCAAACCAUGGUUGACUCGGGUACUCAAUUCACUUAUCUACUUGGCCCGGCUUACACCGCAUUAAAAAAUGAGUUUAUGAAGCAAACCAAAGGCGUGUUGAUUAUCUUGAACGACCCGAAUUUCGUAUUCCAAGGGGCGAUGGACUUGUGUUACUUAGUUGAGUCAACUCGUACGACACUACCGCAGUUGCCACCCGUAACUUUAAUGUUUCCAGGUGUGGAAAUGAGUGUCACUGGUGAAAAAUUACUCUACAAAUUAGCAGGAGUAACGAGAGGGAAGGAUCAAGUGUAUUGUUUUACUAUGGGAAAUUCAGACUUACUAGGGAUAGAGGCGUACGUCAUUGGACAUCAUCAUCAACAAAAUUUCUGGAUGGAAUUUGAUCUUGCAAAUUCUAGAGUUGGAUUAGCUGAAGUUAGUUGUGAAUUAGCAAGUCAAAAAUUAGGACUAGAUUUAUAAUUUUGAAUAUUUGUUUACAUAUUAUAUUUUAUUUUAAAUUGGGAAAAGCAUGGUAGGACUAUUGAGUGGACAUGGGAAGUUUGUUUCUUUGUUUUGUGUUUGAUGGAAGAAAGGACAAUCAAAGGUGUGAAUUCAAAUUGGGAAGCGUGAAAAGAUUUUUUCUGUUGUCAUGUGUGGGCACCAUUACGUUUACAGUACUAGUACUAUUUUACUAACUUUUGUUUGGCCAGAUAUGGGUCAUUGAAAUAUAUAGUUUUUCCCGGGUCA